CGCAGCUGUAAUAUCAUGAUAUUCCCUUCCUAUAGUUCCUGAGCUCGCCUCUGCUACAUUUCUCUUUCUCUAUCUUUCUGGUCUAUUGUUCCACGAUAUGGUGAUGUUCGCACUGAACCCCCUUCCCCACCUUCAGCGGAUACACAAAUACAAUGUCGAGACCUUCAGAUCCCAGCCUCUCGCUGAGCUCUCUGGCUCGCUCGGAGACCUCGGAACACUCCUUCCACUCAUGACGGCCCUGGUUCUUACGCGCUCAAUCUCGCUGCCCUCAACGCUCCUCUUCACCGGCGCUGCAAACAUCUUGACCGGUGCUGCCUUUGGAAUACCGCUUCCAGUACAGCCUAUGAAGGCUAUUGCAGCUGUCGCUAUUGCGCGGAAAUUCACGCUCGAAGAGAAUGCAGCUGCUGGGCUAGUCGUUGCGAGUUUGGUUGGCAUCAUGAGCAUAACCGGAUUGAUCAGUUGGGCUAGCCGAGUUACGCCAGUCCCAGUCGUUAAGGGCAUCCAGGUUGGAGCUGGUCUAUCUCUUUGUCUCAGCGCUGGAUCCUCGCUCCUCGCUCCUCUGGGGUGGAUAGGAGAGUGGUGGGGAGAUAACCUCAUUUGGGCGAUCGCUGCUGCUUUGUUUUUGCUCUUCACUUAUCCUUACCCGAAGCUCCCCUACGCCAUGAUCGUCUUUACUCUCGGAAUUGUAUUAUCGCUUCUGUCUCCGACGGACCAUACUCCGGAUGAUCGCUCUAUCCCUGCAAUUCCCAUCCUUCACCCGUCUGGACAAGUUUUCUGGAAAGCGACGAUUACUGCAUCCCUCGGCCAGCUCCCCCUCACCCUACUAAACUCCGUGAUUGCAGCGUCAGCACUAGCUUCUGAUCUGCUUCCAUCACCUCCGUAUCCCGCUGCGCCUACCGUGACAGAACUAGGGAUUUCCGUUGCGACAAUCAACCUCGUUGGUUGUUGGUUCGGCGCAAUGCCAGCCUGCCACGGCUCUGGCGGUCUCGCCGGCCAAUAUCGCUUCGGUGCCCGAAGCGGAUCUAGUAUCAUCUUUCUCGGCUUUAUCAAAUUUCUCCUCGGAAUCGUUGCGCUCUGGAAACCUAGCCCAAUUGUUGGUGUGAUCUCUGGCAUCCCUAAAUCGCUACUUGGAAUACUCGUUCUAGCUGCAGGCAUCGAACUUGCGAAAGUUGGAGAAAGUGUUAAUACUGAUGCACGAGAUCUUCGUGUCCUGGACCGUGACUCGUUGUGGGAUGGCAAACGGGUGAAGGAGGUGGAUGAGAGGGAAAGGAAAGAGAGGUGGGUGGUCAUGCUCAUCACUAUCGCUGCUCUGCUCGCUUUCAGGAAUGAUGCAGUUGGUUUUAUUGCAGGUCUAGCGUGGCACUGGGGCUUCAAGGCCGCAAGGAGGAUUGAGGGAUGGCAAGAAACUCGAGAUGGUCGCCCGUUUUGGAGGAAUGUACGAUACCGGCAUGAGGAGAGUGCAGGAUUACUACAUGAUGAUUAUGAAUGAGUCGCAUUGAAACUAGGGAUUCCCAAGGCUUAGCACACCCUCGGCAUGGCAAUAGCGUUAGAUUCUGGCAAGGUUUGAAGGAGCGUGUAGUUUCGGUAUUGCUCACUUUACCAAUUCACCUAUUCUAAAUUCUUCCUCCUUCCAUUUCCGUCAUGUGCAUCUCUCGUUACCCCUCAUCCUCAGAAUUAUAUGAGCACUCUAUCUCGGUCUCGAUCUUGAAUCCCUACGGACUUGGAGAUAUUUCUGUGUAGAGCCUAUG